CGGCGCGCGCCGGACGUGGCGGCGCCCCGCGGUGAGACUCGGCCGCCAUGACCUCCGCGCUGGAGAACUACAUCAACCGUACUGUUGCAGUAAUUACUUCUGAUGGAAGAAUGAUUGUGGGAACACUCAAAGGUUUUGAUCAGACCAUAAACUUGAUUUUGGACGAAAGCCAUGAACGAGUGUUCAGUUCUUCACAAGGAGUUGAGCAAGUAGUGCUGGGCUUAUACAUCGUAAGAGGUGAUAAUGUUGCUGUGAUUGGUGAAAUUGAUGAAGAGACAGAUUCAGCUCUUGACUUGGGAAAUAUUCGAGCAGAACCUUUAAACUCAGUUGUGCACUGAAAAGAUAAAAAUGCACGGGGACUUUGUAAAUCUUUGGUUGUACAGACCUAUUUAGCAAUGUGGACAGCUUUUAAAAAUUGUGUUUAAUUUGUUUAGUCACCAGUUUUUUACUAUGAAUAUGUUGUAGUUUUGCAUGUAAAUUAAAGUUUCUACAUUUUGCUAAAGAUA